CAGAGGAAUAAAUAAGGGCAGAGGAAACCGAACCGCGAUGGGACAACUCUUAUCUCGGUCCAAUUCGACCUCAAAACACCCCCGAAAUGACUUUUAGCCUCGAAGGAGUGACAAUAGCAGGUUUUACAGGUCACUGUUGAUCUAAAAGGACCCUCGUAGAGAGACUGAGAAAGUUUAGAAGCGACGGGACGAGCCCGAGUGUCGGUCAUGGAAGAUUUCGGUUCGUCGCUGGAGAAGAACGUGGCGGAUCUGACGGUGAUGGACGUGUAUGACAUCGCCGCUGUGGUGGGUCAAGAGUUCGAGCGCAUUAUCGAUCAGUACGGCUGCGAGGCUCUGGCUCGACUCAUGCCAAAAGUCGUCCGGGUUCUGGAGAUCCUGGAGGUUCUGGUGAGCCGGAACAGCAUCAGUCCGGAGACCGAAGAGCUGCGGCUCGAGCUGGACAGACUGCGGAUCGAGCGGAUGGAGCGUCAGGAGAAAGAGAGGAAACAUAAAAAGGAGCUGGAGUUGGUGGAGGACGUUUGGAGAGGUGAAGCGCAGGAUUUGUUGUCUCAGAUCUCUCAGCUGCAGGAGGAAAACAAGGCGCUGCUCAACAACCUGUCCAUCAAAGAGAUGACGGAGGAGGAUAUACAGAAACAGGAAGGAAUGACGGAGAGGGAGCGACAGGUGAUGAAGAAACUGAAGGAAGUCGUUGAUAAACAGAGAGAUGAGAUCCGAGCCAAAGAUCGAGAGCUGACGCUCAAGAACGAGGACGUUGAAGCACUCCAGCAGCAGUUGAAUCGUUUGAUGAAGAUCAAUCAUGACCUGAGGCAUAAGAUCACAGUGGUUGAGGCUCAGGGUAAAGGUCUGAUCGAACAGAAGGUGGAGCUGGAGGCGUCUGCCCAGUCACGACAGCAGGAACUGAGUAGCCUGCGACAGGAAGUGACGCGUCUUAAAGAACGACUGAAGGAGCAGGGAAAGAGCAGCGCUGAGACUGAAGAAUCUGCAGGACCUCCGUCACCUGCACAGUCGGAUAAAGCGCCUGCCAUCUGGGGUCAGGAUUUAGCUUCUGAGCUCCUCGCUGAGGGCAUGAAGAUAGAAGAAGGUCCUCUUCAUUUCCCCCCUUUCACAGGGGCGGAUCGGCCACGUAGAAAUGAAAGUGAGGAAGAUGGAGAUAAUGAAGACACAGUGUUUUUCUGGGAGGCGCUGUGUGAUGACGACGCAACUCUUAUUGACCUAAAAGACCCAAACCGACCCAGAUUUACCCUACAGGAGCUGCGGGACGUCCUGCAUGAGAGAAAUGAGCUGAAAGCUAAAGUCUUUAUGUUACAAGAGGAAAUGGCGUAUUAUAGAAGUGAAGAACAGGAGGAGGAAACAGGACUGCCCCUGCCGGACCCCUCACUGACUCUCCGGUCGAACUCUCGCUCUAACUUCCAGCCGGAGUCAGGCAUUAAACGACUGUUUAGCUUCUUUUCCCGAGAUAAAAGCCGAGGCUCACAGAGGAGGACGGGGCAGAUGGACGGAGGGUUCGGGUCGUGGACGGGGAAAGAAGACGUGUACACAGAACAGGCUCAAGAAGCAUUACAGCACAUGUAACAAACCCACAUGCUUCAAUAAUGCCUAACCUGCGUCAUGUGAGCGUGUGUGACGAGACUGAAGAGUUACUGACCCAAAGAUACUGUAAGAGCGUUUAUGUGCCUAUUUUGUCAUAGUGAAGACAUUUUAUUGGCAUUGCAUUGCUGAGUUACUGUUAGUAAAGGAUCCAUUUUGGACAGAAGAUGCCUUUAGUAGAUCAAAUAAAUAUCUUUUUUAAUUCAAAUUGAAUUAUAAAUCAUGGAAAGAUACCGUGAAUAUGUUUGUGCCUAAAGAAACAGUUUUUAAUUAUGGUGCCCACGUCGGAGAAUAGAAUGUGGCAAUAUAUGUUAAAUCAUAUUUAAAAGGUUAAAAUUGCACAAAGUUUUUUAAAAUUUUAAGGCAUAUUUAGGUGUCUGCACUGAAUGAAUGCAGAACGAUAUGAAUAAUUCACGGUUUAUUACUGGCUUCUGGUUGAAGUGUAAGUCACAUGGUCCUGUCAUUCACCAGCUCUUUUGCAUUGCUUGAACGGGGCUUUCUCUGGCAAUAACAGAAGUGUGUAAGUGUGAAAAAGCAUGAAGUUUAUCAAACUGUGGUUUAAAGACAGCUAGAAACUCAUGCCUGUGGUCUCUUAUUUCAAACGUUGAGCUAAAUACAACUCAACAUGAGAAAACUGUACUAGAUUAAAAGAAAAGAGAAACAUCCAACUGGAUGAAAUGGAUUGUUAUGAAGGAUUAUGCACAUUAACUCAUCUCAUUGUGUAUUAAAAUAUUUUAUAUCA